AAUGCCAACAAGGUGUUGUAUGGGGAGAAGUGAUUCCCUCAAGUGUGGAAAACAUGUUUGGAUUCAUUUCCACAGCAUUAGGAAAUACAAAAGGUAGCUAGAAUCAAAGUUAAAGAAAAUAUCUUGCUUGCUACAGGCAUAAAACUGGAAGCCAAAGAAUAAAUCAACCUGCAGGCUGCUCUAUAUAUAGAGACAACCAGCCAACCUCCUUCCUCACUCCUGCAUACAUACUUUUUGAACCACCAUUUGCAUACUUAAAAGGAUUCCAUAAUUAUCACUAAUGGCUUCAACACAGGGAUCGUCGCCUAGGACCAACAGGAAAGUAAUCACCAUACUUAGCAUUGAUGGAGGAGGGGUCCGAGGCAUUAUCCCUGCAGUCAUCCUAUCCGCCCUUGAGGCCGAACUUCAGAGGCUUGAUGGCCCUGAUGCCAGGAUUGCAGAUUACUUUGAUCUCAUUGCGGGCACAAGCACAGGGUCAAUUGUUACAACCUUUCUUACAACCCCAUAUCCACUUCCUAAUGCUUCAAAUGGAUCCACAACAAAUCGUCCUCGCGAAGCAAAAGAUAUCCAGAAGUUCUACAUUGAGCAUGGCCCGGAAAUAUUUGCUAAGAAAGAAGACCCUGCUCAAACCAGUAAAUCAGAAAGCUUCCUCGAUGGGUUGAAACAUUUGAUUGUUCAAGGGGUGGAGAAGGUGCUGGAAUACAAAUAUCGUCCAUCCAGUCUUAGUGAGAAAGUGGAUGAACAGCUUGGGAAAAUUCGGUUGGCUGACACACUAACCAAUAUUCUUGUCCCUGCUUAUGAUAUUCAACACCUAAAACUAGUCACCUUCUCUUCUCACCAGGCAAGAAAGACAGACUCAUCAGUAAAAUUGAGAGAUGUAGUUAUGAGCUCAGCAGCAGCUCCAGUUUAUUUCCCAUCUCACAAUUUCAAAGCCGAUGGCAGAAUGUACAACCUUGUGGAUGGUGGAGUCGCAGCAAACAAUCCUACAUUGCUUGCAAUACAAGAAGCAGCCCAUAUAUUUGGAAACCGAGAUUAUAAUUAUCUGAUUCUCUCCCUUGGCACUUGCUCUGAAGAAGAAGAACACCAGAACUUCAUUCAUUUAACGGGUCCACUUCCUUGGAUGAUAGACCUUAAGAGGGUAACACCACCAUUGGCCAACGUGCUGUUCAAGACAUCAGCCGACAUGGUAGAUGCAUACACAUUAUUUGUCCUUGGAGUUGGAGGCCGGAUUUCUAGUCAGAACUUUCUCCGGAUCCAGGACAAUACAUUGAAGCCUGAGCAGCUCACAAUGGAUGAUGCAAGUCAAGAAAACUUUGAUAGCCUGAUUGAUAUCGGUCAAAGACUUCUAGAGAAGCCUGUUUCUUUCCCUAGCUCGGUGAUUGGUCUGCAACCAGUGACUACCAACCGAGAUGCUCUCAUGAGCUUUGCUAGAAUACUGUCUGAAGAAAAGAAGAGGAGGGGUAGUUCUUCGUCCCAUGUCUCUGGCUUCUUAAUGCUUUCAAUCAUUUCUUCUCUUUUUCUCCUUCUUCUUUACAAGCUUUAUAUGGUGUUUUACCCAUAAGAAAGAGAGAAAAAUUCUUUGAAUUUGAUGUCUGGGAAUAUGGUUAUUGCUUGUCCCUAUUAGAAAUAAAGGAUGUACAUUCCAUGUCUUAAUGAAUAAUUCUCUUUCGGAUGCAGCUAUUUAUCAAAAGAAAAAAUCUCUUUUAGAUGGAGCUAGUUUUCACAACA